GUCCCAUUGGACGCCCGGUUCCACCGAUGCCCCACUCGAGCUCCGUCCGCGACGUCGCGGUCCGGACGUCAGCGAGUCAUAGAGGUCUCGGAGACGACUCAGCCGUUGGUCGAUUCCGAACCCUUCAUGAACUGUAGGAUCUGCAGGACAUCGAACUGGAAAACCAUGUUGCUGGUGAUUUUGGGACCCUUGCAAUCGACUGGUACGUGAGGCCGCCUUCCAGCAUUUGGCUGAGGGAUGCUGGGGGGUUUGACGCUCAUGGGCUGCAGGAGAGAUGAGCUUCAAGGAUUGCAAAUCGGUGGGCAGUGGGGGCGCCAUCCAUUCCAUUGGCCAAAUUGAGCAGUGGGAAGGCAGCACGGCCCAUUUCACGACGUGUCGCAGUUUGAAGUCGGGGGGUGCCAUCUUCGCGGCCAGCGUCCAGCAGAAAGGUGACAUGGCCUUCGAAGACUGCUCGGCCAAGCGGUCCGGGGGUGCCAUGAGUGUGACGGAUGCCACCAAUGUGGACCUCAAGUUCACUCGGGUCGGUGCUGGCGGGGUGGGCAAGAAGGGCUCGCCGGCGGCGAACCGAAGGAACAGGCUCAGCAAGUACAUCAAGAGCCUCAAGUCGGCCCGGGGCAGCGUCCAGCUGUUGGGCUCCACGACCUUCGAACGCUGCUGGGCGGGCGCCGGCGGCGCGCUCUAUGCGCGGCAGGACCUGCUGUUGGCUCCGACCGCUCGCGCCCUCUUCCGGGACUGCGGCGCCGAUGCCUUCGGUGGGGCGCUGAACGGGCGCGACGUGCGGCUGCUGGGGGAGAGCGAAUUCAGGAACAUCACCGCGCUGGCGGGCGGUGUGAUCCAGUCCACCGGUGAGGUCAUCAUCCCGGAAGAAACUCACGCAGUGAUGCAGAGAACGUCGGCGCCACAGAUCUCAGCAUUGAAGCUCAUCAACAUGUCCAACCUGUCACUGGAGAACACCUCGCACGUGUGGUUCGUCGCCCCAGAGAUCCAUCUAAAGCAGGUGAAGUGCGACAAUGGCCUUGCCAGCUUCAAGCAGCCACACCAUGUGGGCUGUGUGAGCUGUGAGGAGAACAAGAUCCAAGUCUUUGGAAAUCCCAUCUUGGACGACGAUCUGCCGUUGAAGACCUGUUGGUCCGCACCCCGUGGCACGGCGCAUGUUGACAUGCACCACCUCAAGCUGAAGAUCGGCUACAUGGUAGAAAAGGCCAACAUCAGCCGGAGCUUUCGCUGUCCGAAUCGCCUAGCGUGCAUGGGCGGUGAGAUUUCCACCGAAGGCUUUGGAGAGAUGUGCGCGGAGGGCUACAGAGGUCAAGGCUGUGUGAAGUGUGAGAAAGGCUAUGGGUCUUCGGACAGCAACCGCUUCGUGUGUGUUGCAUGUGCCUCCUCGGUGUGGCGGCAGCGGAUGCAAAUGGGCCGUUUCGUGCUGGAGGAUUUGCUCCUCUUCGCUCUUUCCGUCUCGGGCGUGGCCUCCACGAGCGGCGAGAAGGAGAGCAAGAUCUUGACGAAUCACUUCAUGUCCUUCGUGGCGGCUGCCGGUCCUGUGAUCCAAGCCGUCCAGGAGACUCCGACCUUCAAACGGAUCAUGUCCCACCUGGAUGUCUAUGUGGAGGGCCUCUCCACCUCAGUCGAGGCAGGCGAAGGCUCAGGCUCCAGCGCAGCGGGCGGAAUGUCUGCGAGAUGUAUCCAGGGAUAUUUGAACCUCCCCAAGAACUGGUGGUGCCGUGCUCUCCUGACCCUCUUCACCCCCUUCUGCGCCAUCGCCGCGCUCAUGGCGAUGCGGGGAUGGCGCAUUGCAGCGGUGGUGGGUGUGAACUGCUUCUUGCCGAAAGCUUGCUUGUGCUUUGCGCGCUACUUGGUAUGCUACCGCAUGGAGCCGGAGCACGAGGGCGGCGAGCUCUUCUGCGCCUAUCGGAUGUACACUGGCUUCUCCCUGCUGGGCCUGCUGCUCUUAGUGGCUGCCAUCGCCUGUUCUGGCCCAGUCUUGUGGUGGCGGCUCUUGAGCGAUAAGAGCCAUUCUGACGCGCCCUACUACCUCUACCUCUCAGCCUCCUACAAGGAGGACUUGAAGAGUUGGGAGGUGACUCGUCUGGUGCGGAAGGUCUUCUUGGCUGUCAUUUGUGCCGCUUUACCUGUCAGUCUUCACCCCGCGAUGCAGAUCAUGUGCAUCAGCUUGGUUUUGCUCACAGCCUUAAUUCUGGAGAUGCAAUUCCGGCCCUACAAGGAUUCCUUCUGGAACCUGGAGGAGAAGACCCUGUUAACCGUGUCUUUGGCCAUGGUGAGCGUCACCAGCUGUUACCUCGCCAACGAGUACCAUUGGUCCAGCACCUACAGGACCCAGCAGUUUUUGUUGCUGGUCAUCCUCGUUUUAUCCAUCGUCCCCACCAAUGUGCUGGUGUUCCAAAUCAUCGUGCAGCUCUUGCGAGAGAGGGGGUUCCUUAAGAGCCGAGAGGCGGCUUAGACUAGUUUCGACUGUGAUGGCUGAUGCGAA